GCAGAGUGCGACUGCCAUGUUAGCAAGAUCCAAUUAAUUUUAAGAGUUAGAAGGGAUUAAACCUGAGUUACAUAAGAACUUCACAAGCAUGGUGACCGAAGCAGGGCAUGCGCACAUCGUUCGAUCAGCAGCAGCAAGAGCAGUCGCCUUUUAAACCUUUUUAGCCCGUUAGAUUGGUUACCGUUUCUUUGGGAAUAGAAAGAGGGAGACGUCUCGACGGUAUGAAGUUCCCUGUGGAUUUCCUGGCCAAAUUCAGUCAGGCUGAUCUGGAAGUAUCAGCUCGCAACUACAUGAACAGCCUACUUUACAGCAACACAGAUUCUGCCGAGCAACUCAUCCUCUCUGACUCCACAAAGGUCAGUUUAGAGCUUUCCAGGGUAGGCUUUAUUCCUCUGUAUGGCUCCAGUGACAAAACCAGGAUCCUGGCCCUCUUUUCUCCUACUGAUCCGCUCACUGCUGUUGCUCUAUACCUGUUGGACCAGUGGUGGACUGUGGAUGAUAUUCUCAAGACAUCUGACCAUGCUCGAGAUGGAGCUGUUGAGGUGCAGACAAUUGGAGAGAGACUAGUGCUGUAUGUUUUGAAUCGCGUGAUCUACAGAGUAAGAGAGAUGAACCCAGAAGAACUUCCCUUCCUCUGCCAUGGGGAAAAGGAUUUUGCAAAGAUUUACUGGAGUAACGGAGAGGCUGUUGGCUUCUACUCAGUCAAACCGUCAGGCAGUUUAUAUCAUUCUUUUUCAACAAGAAGAUACCAGCUUCCUGUCAUGGACUCAAUUUUUGUGACAAAAUAUCAUCGUGGUAAUGGCUUUGGCCUUAACAUGCUGGAGGACUUUGUGAUGAGUUUCCAAAACGACUGUGUGGGAUUGAAAUAUCCACUCACCAAAGCCAUUUACAAAAUGUGUGAAAAAUACCUGUGUCAGUACCCAGGAGACACAGAUCUACUUUGGGAGGUGGAGAGUAUAGGUUGCCCAAACCAGAGGUUUAACAUUGCCAAGAGGAUUCAGAACAUGGAUUUGAAAGCAGUAUCAAGUUUAUUAUUUGACGAUACACCACAUGAGGUCACUAGAGAGAGACAAAAGGAAGUAGCCAAGGAGCCAAUUGAACAGACAAAAGAAGCUGAAUCGAUGGGAUAUAGAGUUGAAACUGAGGAAGAAGUGUUGGUGUGUACCGCUACCAGAGACACUGGUGACAAGCCUGUUCCAACUUGGAGUAGAAGCAGUGACCAAAAGCAAGAAAAGAAACUUGAUAAGAUUGCAGAAAGCCAAACUAAAAAAGUUAUCAGAGUUGAGGAUAUCGAAGCAGGGACCCCCAAGGAACAUCUUUCAAGUAAAGAGAGGACUGCUUUUUUUUCUGAUUUGGUGGUAAUUGAGAAAAUAUUUUGUACCCAUUCUAAAGAAACUAGAAAAGAUGAUGUUGGCAUUGCAGUUGAAGAAUCAGUGGAGGUAAACACUACUGUAACCACACAACAACUUGAGGAUGCACCAGCACUUGCUGCAGAGGAUUGUCAGGACAGAGAGGCUCUGCUGGAUAUUUGCUGUAAUUCUCAUAUGGCAAGUGAAAUUGCGUCAGAAAUGGAAGGAGUAGAAGAGGGGUCUCAGGAAGAAGACACAGCUGCAGAAGAAUUCAAUAUGACUAUUGAAACAUCUGAGGAAGAAGAGAAUUCUCUUCCUGAGAGAUAUGAUGAAGAGCAAGAUGAGUCACCAGUUUUACCUUUGAGAGGCAGAUAUAAGGUAGUUCAUGAAGAAAUGAACAGACAUGGUCAAGUAAAACCUGACAAGACGGUUAAUGAAACAGAAAUGGAAAGACCAGCUGAGAAAUUGAGUUCUAUGGAUAAAGGUAGCACUCCAGAGGCUGGAGAGGACGAAGUAAAAUCUAUGCCUGAAAUAAACCUGGAAGAGAUGAACAAAGAACACGAAGAUGAAAAUAGUAAAAGAAUGUCAGAGACAAUAGCAGGAGAUAAUGGGAAAGAUGCCGAUAAUUUGACACUAGCGCUCGACACAGUUACUGUUUCAGGUCAAGAGCAUACUGUCACAUCAUCCUUAAGAAAGAGACCAAGAGUGGAUUACGAUGAGAAUGAUGAGAUGGGGGAAAAUGAAAUGAAGACUAACAUGGAAAAAAAGAAUUUAGAUGAAUCUGAAGGCUAAGCUUGCAACGAGAGGCAGUCGAACAGAAAGAUAAUGAAGAUGGAACCUCUGGAGACACUUAAUGCUGAUGCACAAAAUUCAGGAUCUGAUGAUAAAGAGGAAGGGGCAUAGGUGAAGAUGAGCCGAAAGCAUCUGGAGUUGACAUAGGGCCAACAGUUAUUGGAAAAAGAGUUUUGAGAAACAGGACAGUACCUUCACUUGUCGUCACACCACACAGAUAGAUUAUGAAGUCCUUGGUCAGCCCAGAGAAGUUAUCGCUGCAAAAUAACAAGUUAUGAGCUAACUCCAGUUUGCAAGUUAUUGCAAUAUUUUUACCAUUUUAAUAGAUUGACGCCUACCACAGGCUUACAAUCUAAAAAACAACUUUUAGAAGAGUACCCAUGAAAUCUACCUUGGUACUCAAUAGAAUACAGACUUGAAUCAAUCUAUUCCUGACUCGUUAGAUAGGUGGUGGUAAUUCACAUGACAAAGCAGGAGCCAACAACCUUGAGAACCUAAAUCGUUUUUUUUCCCACUGCCCACCUGACCCCAAACUUAGUAUGUGUGAAAAUGAAUAUUGUACAGCCACCUUACUACAGUUUUGCACGAAUUGUUGAUUGAAUUUUUGUGAACCCCAGCUAACUAGUAUCUUAUCAACCAACAUAAAUACUGAUCAUAUAUUUCUUGCCUUAAGUUUCCAGUUUUAUUUUAAAUCAGUGUGACUGAAACAUUGCUACAUUAAAGGUCUUAAGUGUGGUGCGACAGUGUGCAGGAUUUUUCCAUGUUUGAUAGUUGUACUAUUCCCUGGUGCACCUAUCGACUACAGGUGUGCAGAGCUCUUUCUUUAUGAACAGUUUUGCUUUAUGAAAUAUACGCCAUACAAAGGGCAUGUUCUGUUUUAGUUGGAUUGUAGGUGCCUUGGCAAAUGUAUUGAGUGUAACUGUUUUCUGAGUUUUCCGGAAAGCUGAAGAGCAACGCCACAACGAGACUGACUCUGAUGAUGACAAGCGGGAACUUGGCGUGUUUAAUGGCAAACUUGCUGUUUAAUUUGGAUACAGAUGAGGACUUUGAUGGAUUUGUAGAUGAAGAUUGAUUAACGAUAAUGUGAGUACAGUAUUUGAGGAGAAUAGAUAAUGGUAGAAUAAAGCACAACCAAACUCACUGUCUUGCAA